AACAAUGGCUGUAACUAUAGUCACCAUCUGAGGUGGGGAAACAGUCAAAGACUGCUGUCUUGCAACGUGUUGGAUCUUCUGUCUCUCUUCUUUAUAUGCUCAGUACUAAUGGAAGAAUCCUUGAGGGAGAUGUAUUAACACUGGCAACAGAUUCUGUACCCCUGACUACCCUUCACCUAAUGAAUUUGGUUCUCCCUUACUUGAACCAGGUAAUGAUACAGCCCUGGAGGAUGUGUCUGACCCUUGUGUCCUACACAAUUGUGGUACUAACACCACAUCAGGGGCCCUGGAGGCAAAAAAAGAGCAUCAAUGAACAGCUGUCAGAGGCCCAUGCGCUCUCGCAACCAGCGGAGGCCUAUGGAAAUGAUCCAAACCUUGAAAUGAUGUGGGCAAUGAAGGCUUACCAGCAUGCUGAAGUUUAUUUUAAUCUUAUUUCUUCUGUGGAUCCCCAAUUCCUCCGACUUACUAAAGUUGAUGAUGUUAUUUACAAGGAGUUCAGAGAAGCCUUUGGGAGCAUGAAGAUUGAUAUCCUUGAUCCAGCGGAACUGAAAUCUGAUCAGGCCAAAGAGCUACCAGGAUUCAGUUUUUUGCCAUUGAAAUAGCCCGAAAUAGAGAGAGCUACAACAGCACUGUGUUCAGGUCAUCUGUGAAGCAGAGAAAAUCAUCCAGUAACUGAAAAAACAGAUUUAACAGAACAGUGAUAAUGGUGGGAGGGUAACAAAAGGGGUGAAUAGAGAGGACUGACAGCUGAAAAUGACCACACAGCAGUUGAAAUAUGUGCAAGUCUUUUAUUUGGAUGAAACAUGGGUAUGCCGCAGCCUUAAUAUAUGAACCGAUACUCAGUUUGUAAAAUGGGAUACAUUUGUUUUCCCUGUUGCGUGUCAUGCCUUACUGUUCUUUGCCUUUAUGUUGUGCCUUGGGUGAUCUAUUUUGUACACUUCUAAGUUACGUGUGCGAUGAUAGUUUAAUUUGAAGGGAGGAGCUAACCUUCAUGAUGUGCCAAGGUUUAUUACCCCAAAAGUAUGUUUACCUCUGUUAGAGCCUGUCAGCUUUGGAUGAAAUUUUAAGUAGCAUGUGAGCACCUGCAGCAUCAUUGGGUAGCAUUCUGCAGUGAUUCAGACUAUGGUUUUCCUGGCUGUAGUAAUGUGCGAUAUUUGUCUUUUUGAUAUUAAGAAAAAUUUUCACUUAUUUUCAAACCAUAGAAAUAUUUUAAGAAUUUUUUGAACUGCUUUGAUUUUUGUAUAUUGACUUAAGAAUGAAGUGCUUAACCUAUAUUGAAACCUGUAUUAGAGAAGCUCAGUGCUGUUAAAAGGCCAGGGUAAGUUAACCACUCGUGGUGUAUUGGGAAACCAGUUUAUAUUUGAGCACAAUGUUUAUGUAGUACAUGGGGCACUAUGAUUACACUCAAAACACAGCUAAGUUACAUCUUCUUAACAUUUAACAGUAAAACAGCAAAAGCAGGACAUGAAACUGCUUUAUUUCAACUCAUGUCUGCUAACGUACACAGACUAUUUUGAUUACAACUGCUUCCUUUCCACAGGGAAUAUUUGAGGAUGUCCACAACUUCCCCACUGCUUUACUGGUUUUCAAAGCCAGUACAACAUAUUGUGGGGGGUUUUUUUAAUUGUACUUUUGACUAAUUUGUAGUACAGGGAGCAGAUAAAUCUCCAUACACUACAAAGACUUAUCAGAUCUCCAGUCAUAACAAAGUAUUGUGUUCCCCUCUACUCUUCAGUGAAAUUUUUGGCAACUCUCUCUCAAACAUAUAAUACUUCAUUGCGAUUGGUGACCCAAUCAUAAUCCUCUGAAUACAUCUCAAUGUAAAAAACAUACAUAAUAUAGUUUUUUUUUUUUUAAUUCUGGAGAAAUUAAACUGCUAUAGGAGAUGAUAUUUAAAAGAUCAGUAUAGGCUUAUAAAGCAGUGUGAAAUCACGUUAGUGCUUGAAGUCAACAGAAAAUAGUCAGGAUGUCUUAUCAUCCUGAGGAGUUGUUCGGUGUCAGCAGAAGCUUUAACCAAGUAUUUUUCUAAGCUAUAGUCCAUUUUCUUCCAUGGGAGCAAGUAGUGAAGGAUUUUAUGCCUCCCUGUGUCUUAUAUCUGCCAUUCAGCUAGUGUGCAUGAGAAGUUAAAUUCCCACUGCAAGUACAUAUUACUGUAGGUUUGUUACAGUUUCUUUAAAUUUCUGCUCAUACGAGGUGUGCACUUGUGCAUAAUAAAUUAAAUGCCAGGCUUCCAUUUUUGACAGACAGAAAUUUUUAGGGAUUACUUAACCCUCUCUUUCUAGCUAACUAGAAUUCUACAUCUGCUAGUUAGUAACUGAAUUUAGAACAUCUUUUCCAUGUGAGGAGAGGAGAAUGACUUCCAAGCAUACCUCUCAACCUCUUGGCACAAGAAAUCUGGACAAAGUGUAAAAUAAUGGGGGACAAAAACUUGAAAAGUACAAGAAUAGUAGGAUUUGUGAUCGCAUGGAUUUUCUGAUGGAUUUGUUGUCUGAAACUCAAAUGUAUUUCAUUAUUUAGUGACUUUAAUGCUCACUGAUUUGCUACACAACCACAAAUUUUAUGAGGACAGACUAAAACUAUGAGGCAAAACACUGGACAUUUGAGAGGUAUGCUUUCUUUUCUGAAAUAAACAUGUCUUGUUACUCUUCUUUGCCAAAGAAUUCUGUUUUGUAGUAGUAUUGUUUAAUGGAUAAAAAUGCUUUUAGUUUGUUUUUAUGACCUUAUACUUGCACUGCAGUUUUAUUUAUUUUAUAUUAAAAUGACUGUUGCUACUGUCUUUCAAGUUAAAAGAUGAACUGUGACACUCAUUUGUUGUAGCCUUUCUACCAUUCAUCUUAACAAAAAAAAAGUUUAUCUAAUAGGCUUGUUCUUCCCAUGUGUAAAGGUUGGAGUUCCUUAUUUUAGUGACCAGAAACCUCAAGUCACAAUGUUUUCAUUUGUUAGAAGGCAUGUAUAAACUAUGAUUUUUUUUUUAUAUUGUAAAACAAAAGCAAGUAAUUGCCUAAAAAUCCUU